AUGGAGGAGACUGCACGUACAACACUGUUUAAUGAGUCAAUUGUUUCUGAUGACAAUGAAGAAACUGAAAUUAUUACAUUGUCAUCUGAUGAUGUGAAAUUUGAACCAUUAUUGACUCCCGUGUCAACUGUAGCGAAACCGAAUUCAAAUGUUGUUUCACCUUCAUCAGUACUACAAGGUACUAAUAUUGUAAUUUCUACAUCAUUGUCACAAAGUACAACUAUUCGAAAAUGGUACUCUGUAAUUGAUGGAUCGCCUGGAAUAACUGCAGAAUUAUUGGAUGCAAUUAAAGUCAAAGUUGAGGAGAUGAAAAACAAAAAUUUAAAUCUAAUUUGUGACUUAAUUAUGGACGAAAUGUUCAUAAGAAGUGGAAUUAAUUUUAAUGGUCAGCAUCUUCAGGGGUAUAUCAGUGUUGGACACAAGAUAAAUGAUUCCGAUGCCAUGAUUGAAGCUCUUGUUUUUUUGGUUGUUGCUUUGAAUUUCCACUGGAAUAUCCCAGUUGCUUAUUUUUUGAUUUAUGGACUAACUGCAGAAGAGAAGGCUAACUUACUCAAAACAAUUUUAAUUAAUAUACAUGAUAAAGGUGCAAUUGUCAAAACACUGACAUUUGAUGGAGCUGUCUCUAAUAUUUCUAUGGCCAGACAUUUAGGGACAGAUCUUUAUAGUAGUACACCAUGGUUUUCACAUUCAUUGACCAAUGAAGAAAUUUGCAUAUUUUUGGACCCGGCUCACAUGGUAAAACUGAWCAGAAAUACCCUUGGAGAUUAUGGUGUAUUGUAUGAUUCCAAUGAUAACCCUAUUGCAUGGAAGUACAUACAAGAAUUAGUGAAACUACAAGAAUAUGAGGGAGUUCAUUUAGCCACUAAAGUUAGAAGGAGGCACAUUAAUUACAAAAAGGAAAUAAUGAAGGUUUGCUUGGCUACGCAAGUGUUCAGCAAUAGUGUUGCUGAUGCUCUGUUUUAUUGUAAAUUGAAAAAAAUUGCAAAUUUUGAUAACUAUGAAUCCACAAUAACAUUUUGA